AUGGCGAAGGACGUUGAGUACACGGAGCCGGCGGCGGCAGAGUUUUCGGCGAAGGACUAUCAUGAUCCGCCGCCGGUGCCGCUUUUCGACUUUGACGAGCUGACCAAGUGGUCGUUCUACAGGGCGCUAAUCGCCGAGUUCAUCGCCACGCUCCUCUUCCUCUACGUCACCGUCCUCACCGUCAUCGGCUACAGCCACCAGACCGACACCGCACGCGGCGGCGACCAGUGCGGCGGCGUCGGAAUACUCGGCAUCGCCUGGGCCUUCGGCGGCAUGAUUUUCAUCCUUGUUUACUGCACCGCCGGGAUCUCCGGAGGGCACAUAAACCCGGCGGUGACGUUUGGGCUGUUUUUGGGCCGUAAAGUGUCGUUGAUAAGGGCCGUGCUGUACAUGGUGGCCCAGUGUCUGGGGGCAAUAUGUGGUGUGGGCUUCGUGAAGGCCUUCCAGAAGACGUAUUACAAUACAUACGGUGGUGGGGCCAACGUGGUAGCACAUGGGUACAACAAAGGCGUGGGGUUGGGUGCUGAGAUUAUUGGUACAUUUGUUUUGGUGUACACUGUUUUCUCUGCAACUGACCCCAAGAGAAGUGCAAGAGACUCCCAUGUCCCUUUUUUGUCCCAUGAGUCAGCUUAUUAG